AUGGGUAAUACCCAACCCGGUGGAUUAAAUAAAAGAGAUCGUCCAGGAGAGGGUUAUUCAGGAGGUGCCACAACCCCGAGCAGGAACAAAACAUAUGGAGGAAGUACUCAACCUUUUGGAUCAACAGCGGAAGAUGGAUGCCCAGUGCAGGUAAAAAUUGCUAAAAGUGAUGAAGAGUGUGCUGUAACUCCAACUGUUCAAUUCAAAGAAUCUAAUGAAUAUCCUGUUGUUUUCAAAUGGCCUUUCACUGCCACAAAUCAGCCAAAUCGGGUAUAUAUUUCUGGAUCAUGGGAUAAUUGGAAACAACGAAUUCCUUUAGUGAAAUCAACCAAUGAUUUUAGCACAAUUUUGGAGUUAGUUCCAGGACAACACGAAUAUAAGUUCAUGGUUGACUCAAAAUGGGUGAUCGAUGAUCAGUCUCCCAAGCUUAACAAUGGGCUAGGUGGAGAAAAUAACUGUAUAAUUGUGGACGAGGCUGACUUCGAGGUGUUCAUCGCUCUUGAUAAAGACUUGGCUUCUUCCAGUGCAGGAGAAGCAAUGCGAGGGGUUUCCAGCCAACAAACCACUCAUGACACACCAAACGAAAAGGAGUUGGAAAAACAUAGAACGUUUAGUCAAGACAUACCAGAUAAGAAAGAGUUUGAACGAGCUCAUAAUCCCCCUGUACUACCACCACAUCUCCUUCAGGUCAUCCUGAACAAAGAUACUCCCAUGACAUGUGAUCCCAAUGUGUUGCCGGAGCCCAAUCAUGUAAUGCUGAACCAUUUGUAUGCUUUAUCCAUAAAGGACGGUGUGAUGGUUCUCUCCGCUACUCACAGGUAUCGAAAGAAAUAUGUAACUACAUUGCUUUACAAACCAAUUUAA